AUGUCACGAACAAGGGUUUUGCUGGUUGGCGCUGCUGGGGAGACGGGAGGUUCGAUCGCAAAGGGUCUAUUGGAGAACCCGACUUUCGAACUCUUUGCUCUCGUUCGUCCCCGAUCGGUGCAAAAACCAGCCAUCGUGGCCCUCCAGGAGCGGGGCGCUCAUAUCCGUCGUUGUGACUUGAGGGGCUCUGAGGAUUCUUUAGUGGAUGCUCUCACUGGAAUUGACGUCGUCAUCAGUUGUGUUGGUCCGGCUGAGCAGCAAGAUCAAAUUCCUCUGGCCAAGGCGGCCAAGAAGGCAGGGGUGAAGCGGUUCGUUCCGUGCGGGUUCAUCACCGUGGCGCCUCCUGGUGGGAUCAUGUGGCUGCGCGAUGAGAAAGAAACCGUCUACAAUCACAUCAAGCAGCUCUUCCUGCCCUACACCAUCAUCGAUGUUGGUUGGUGGUACCAGCUGUCCUAUCCCCGCCUGGAAUCUGGCCGCGCCGACUACGCCAUGACGUCGGCCAACAACGAGAUUGUCGGCAGUGGCAACACCCCGAUCGCCCUCACCGAUUUGAGAGAUAUUGGACGCUACGUCGCCUUGAUCAUCGCCGAUGACCGCACCCUGAACAAGAUGGUUUUCGCCUACAACACCCUGACCACCCAGAACGAGAUUUAUGCCACCCUGGAGGAGCUCAGUGAAGAGAAGAUCAUCCGCAACUACAUCUCCGAGGAAUCCGUCUACACCCGGGUCCUGACCGCCAGACAAUCCAGCGAGACGUAUCCCUUCGAUCCCGUCAAGUUCAUCCCGCGAUACCUGGCCGAGUACCAGCUGUCCUGGGGCAUCCGCGGCGACAACAGCCCCGACUACGCCAAGUAUCUCGGCUACCUGACCUCGAAGGAGCUCUAUCCCGAUUUCCAACCGGUCGACUUCCGCGAUUACCUCGAGACCGUGGUCCGCGGCACCGCCAAGGGCGUCUACACCGAUCGGACCGUCUCCAAGGCGCACCAGCGAAUGUUCCCCCGCACCGAGUCCACCGACUCGCUGUACACCCGCAUCUUCCCCCGCACUGAAUCCAGCGAUUCGCUCUACAUGACGCGGUAA